CUGAGCAGCGCCACCGCCAGCGCGGGCGCCAGCUCCAAGCAGGCAGCAGGCAGCGUCCGAAGAGGAUCGAACGCAGUACGGAGGCGAGGAGCAGCCAACCCUCGGGAGACCAAAACGCUUAUUUUCCUGUACAGUCUUUGGGGCUAAGAAGGGUGCAUGCCGUUUUAAGAAGCGUGAAUACAGACUUGGACUUGAUUAGUGGUGGGCUGAAAGGGAGAGCUCGCUCCUCGCUGAGACUGCCCGCUGCGCUGCUCUCUAACCCCACGGGCUCCGGCUCCGGCCAGCCGCUCGGAUCGCAACCCGCCGCCCCCUUCUACUGCUCGCCCUGCUUCAUUCCGACCAUGGCGGCGCUCCUCCGGGCCAGGGCCAUUUACGACUUUAACUCGGAGAAUCCCGGUGAGGUGUCGGUGCGCGAGAACGAGAUCGUAAGUUUAUACAGCGAGCAGGACAUCGAUGGCUGGCUGGAGGGCACGAAUAGUAAAGGCGAGAGGGGGCUCUUCCCAGCCUCCUACGUGGAGAUUCUGCGGGGGAACAAUAACAACACGUCCGUCGAUACGCAACCCGAGUCCCGCUACGCCAACGUGCCAUCAUCCACGGCGAUAGUGGACCAUUCCUUCCCGCGCCCCGAGCAGCAACAGAUCUCCCAGCAGCAGCAGCCCAGUCCAGGCAGCGACGAUGACUGGGAUGACGACUGGGAUGACAGCUCCACUGUGGCGGACGAGCCGGGCACCGCUGGAAGCAGAUACCGGGACUUUGAAAGCAACGGGGCGUCCACCUACAGGUUGUCCACAUCCUCCAUGGCGAGAGGUCAGCACCCCAAGGGCUCGGCGACUGUGAGCCGGAACCUGAACCGCUUCUCCACCUUUGUCAAGUCCGGAGGAGAGGCUUUCGUGCUGGGCGAGGCGGCGGGUUUCGUGAAGGACGGGGAUAAGAUCUGCGUGGCGAUGGGCCCGCACGGUCCCCAGUGGCAGGAGAACCCGUACCCGUUCACCUGCACCAUAGACGACCCCACCAAGCAGACCAAGUUCAAAGGGAUGAAGUCGUACAUGUCGUACAAGCUGACGCCCACGCACACACAGGAGCAGGUGAACCGGCGCUACAAGCACUUCGACUGGCUAUACGCCCGGCUGGUGGAGAAGUUCCCCGUCAUUUCGGUGCCACACAUCCCGGAGAAGCAAGCCACGGGGCGCUUUGAGGAGGACUUCAUCUCCAAGAGGCGGAAGGGCCUCAUCUGGUGGAUGAACCACAUGACCAGCCACCCGGUGCUGGCACGCUGCGACGUCUUCCAGCACUUUCUCACCUGCAGCACGGACGACAAGGCCUGGAAGAUGGGCAAGAGGAAGGCCGAGAAGGACGAGAUGGUGGGCGCCAACUUCUUCCUCACCAUCAGCACGCCGGCGGCGCCGCUCGACUUCCAGGAGGUGGAGAGCAAGAUCGACGGCUUCAAGGCCUUCACCAAGAGGAUGGACGACAGCGCCCUGCAACUGAACGCCACCGUGGGCGAGUUUGCCCGCAAGCAGAUAAGCGGCUUCCGGAAGGAGUACCACAAAAUGGGUGUCUCCUUCAAGGUCCUCGGCCAGUCCUUUGAGAUGGACCAGCAGGUCUACUCGGCCGAACUCAACCAGGCCAUCUCUUUCACGGGCGAUGCCUUUGAAUCCAUCGGGGAUUACUUUGCAGAGCAGCCCAACAAGGAUCUGGACCCUAUCAUGGACCUGUUAGCGCUUUAUCAGGGACACUUGGCCAACUACCCGGACAUCAUCCACGUCCAGAAAGGCGCUCUUACCAAGGUGAAGGAGAGUCAGCGUCACGUGGAGGAAGGCAAGAUGGAGGCAGCGCAGGCGGAGGGCAUCACGGAGCGUUGCAACAUCAUCUCGUGCGCCACCCUGGCUGAGAUCCAGCACUUCCACCAGACCCGCGUGCGCGACUUCCGGGCGCAAAUGCAGCACUUCCUGACGCAGCAGAUGGACUUCUUCCGCAAGAUCACCACCACGCUGGAAGAGGCGCUGCACAAGUACGAUUAAUGGCCAGAUGCUGGCGAAGGAGGCUGGGAGGACCAAUGGGUUUAGUUCAUGCAGGGGUGUCCAACGUACGGCACAUUGGAGGCCCCCUCUCCCUCCUGCUUAUACUAAAACGAGCAUUUGGGAUGUUUGCGGGAUAGAUAGCGAUGGUAGUGAAUAAAGCGAGGUGGCUGUGACACCCCGUUUGGGCACCCCUGAUAUUAUGCAAGUCUUCUGUUUAAGUAAUUGGCACCAGUUUGGCGCGCAGGAAGCAAUCACCAUUCGAUUGGACUUAUUUUGUUUUUCAGCCUUACUUUUUACCAGACGACUGCAGCUCACUCAGACAAAAUUGUUUACGUGUCCUCUCAAUGUGCCUUCUCCUUUUGUCACGAAAGAUUUAUCUCUUGUACAUGUUGACAUUUUAUUUGUUUUUACUAAAGUAUUUCGCUGAAAACACCA